CAAAGGGUCAGUUUUUAGUAUUGCUUCACUCCGUGAGCGGGCAUCAUGCUCUGUCUAUCUUACUUCUUCUUACCCAGCUGCAUACUAUCAGCGGCUGUCAUCAUAAAUGCAACUCGCAGUCACAUACCCGAAAGUUUGACCGAUGUUGAGGAAGAGGCUUCUCGCGAGAAGACAGAGGACACAAAUACUCUGGAAUCCUUAUCAGCAGCCCUUGGUAAUUCAAUUGAAGUAUCCUCUGACAUACCCUGCCACAUGGACGUUCAAGUGACAAAACGAGUGACCGGACACUGUGUCAGUCUAGGACAUGCGACCAGGGGCUGCAUCGCGGGAUCCUACUUGCACCCUUUUCAUCACGAAUGUCUCGGUAAAUAAUCAUCCACCCUCACAUCACACCCCGUUCCCGAAAAUGAUCUCGUGACCUUGAUUUUCGUCCCGACAUGAUCAGCCUUUUUCUACUCCAUGUUAAUGAAUUUUGUUCUCUGUUUACUAUGAUAGCUAUCAAUAAAAUUUUUUGUUUUACACUUUUCUUAAUA